AUGCAGCUCACAUCUUCCAGCCAAUCUUUCAUUCACUUUGCAAAAUUAGUCAUCCGUCGUGCGUUUGUUGUUGGCCAGUGCAAGAACGGGCACGUUGUGUGCGAUGUCUGCCGCGUUCACAUCCACGGGACUUGCCCGUCCUGCCGCGAGCCCGUCGGCGACAUCCGGUGCCGGGCGCUGGAGAACGUCAUCGCCGGCAUGGCCUUCCCCUGCUCGUUCAGGAGCCACGGGUGCACGCAGCUGCUCAAGCACACUGAGAGGCGGGACCACGAGGCGUUGCUCUGCCUGCACGCGCCGUUCGCGUGCCCGCUCCAUGGGUGCGCCUACUCGGGGCUGCUCCUCUACGACCACAUCCACGACGCGCACACCAUAGACUAUGUUGUCAGCUUCGCCGGGUCCUCGUGGUGGGUGUGGCUGCGCCGGAGCAGGCCGUUCAUGGUGCUCCUGGACUCGGUGGACCGGCGCGUGUUCAUGCUGCUCAACGGCGGGGACAUUCGCUCGGGUCAGUCGCUGUCGGUGGUCUGCCUCGGCCAGCGCCCCGCGGCCGACCAGUUGCUGGAGUACAAGCUGGAGGUGGGCGGCGCCGGCCAACUCGGCGUGCUCUCGCUGUCUGCAUGCUCCGUGCCCUGCAUGCGCAGCUGGGCGGGGCAACACCCUACUGACGGGUUCCUGUUCGUGCCGGACGCGUACUGGACCUCCUUCAACUCCGUCGUCGUCAACGUCCAUGUCCAGAGGUCGUCGGAGGUCGACAGCUAG